GUCGCCUCGCGCUUCAUCACGUCUCCCUCUUCGUGCACAUUCUUUUGCUGCCUCUUCGGCUGCAGAGCGGAGAAGUAGAGGAAUCUACAAUUUCUACUGCUUGGCCGCAGUGAUGGGCAAGGGAACUGGUAGCUUUGGGAAGAGAAGAAACAAGACACAUGUGCUGUGUGCUAGAUGCGGCCGCCGUAGCUUCCACAAACAGAAGAGCCGAUGUGCCGCCUGCGCUUACCCUGCUGCACGCAAGAGAACAUACAACUGGAGUGUCAAGGCCACUAGCAGGAAGACAACUGGAACUGGACGGAUGAGGUACCUCCGUCACGUGCCAAGCAGAUUCAAGACAAAUUUCAGAGAAGGUACACAAGCUGCACCAAGGAAGAAGACUGCAGCUGCUUCCGCCUAAGGGUAUAUUUAGAAGUAGCUUAUUAUGGUCAUUCUUAUCUUCAAAAAGCAUUAGAGAACAAUUAAAUGUUGUAUAUUAUUACAUUUGAACAAUCAGUUAUUCUAGAAAGCUGCAGCAUAUUAUUGAUAAGCAGUGAAAAUUGGAAAUGCACGAAAUGAUAUAUUUUUUUUGUAUAUUAGAAGCUGCACUAUGGCAUUGAUAAACACACCCAAAAGAAAUCCCAUUUUAAAAUCA